AUGAAUAUAAAUAAAACUGUACUUAUAAAGGGAAAAUAGGAAUAAUUAAUUAAAUAUGUUAUCAAUCAUUUAUUGCCUGAUGUCGAUACAUUGUAAAUUUAAGAAUCAGAAUUUUAAAACAUUUUGACAGAUAAAAAUUAUAAUACACCUCGCAAUUCUUGGACUAAAUUAGUAUUACCUAUAUCAAACAAUAAAGAUUAUUAAAAUUUAAUGUUAAGAUUUGAUAAAAAGCUAAGAAUAGGUAGAAUAUUAGAAAUAUUAGAUUUACUUUCAGGAUUUGUAUCAUAUAAACAUUGUAAUUUUGACUAUUAUUAAAAUAAUUAAGUAAUUAUAGUUACAGCAUGCGCUGAUAAUGUUAAAUUUUAUAAAUAUAUAUCGCCAUAAGAAGAUAUAGUUAUUUAAUCUUAUGUUUGUUAUGUUGGAAAAUCUUCUAUAGAAGUUUAAAAUGAUAUAUAUUAAUAAAAUGAACUUAUUGUAAUUUAAUUAAAAAAGUAUUUAUUUUUUUAUAAAUAUUUAAAGGAAAGAAAUUUACAUAAUAAAAUAUUUGGUGGAUUUUUAGCAAGGAUUUUGAUUGAAGCUGGUUGGCUUUGUGGAUAUUAUCAUGUUAAAGGUCAAGAAAUACCCGAAAUAGUAAAUUUAACUGAUAUUUAAUUUAUUGAACCUGUAAAUAUUGGAGACAGUAUAUAAGUUAUUUCUCAUGUUUCUUAUAUUUUAGAUAAUUAUAUGGAUGUUAAAAUUUAAGCAAAAAUUGUUAAUCCAACUAAUAUUUAAGAUUCAAAAGUAACUACUGGAAUGCAUUUAAUAUUAAAAUGCUAAAAUCAAAUUAAUGAUGUGAUUCCUUAAACAUAUGAACAUGGGAUUUUAUAUUUGGAAGGAAAAAGAUUAAUAUGGUUUUUGCCUUCUUUUUUAGUUGAUUGA